GGGGGAACAUGGCCGCUUCCGGUCUCCCUCCCGGGCCGGCGCUGGGCUGACCGCGGCCCCGGCCGGCGCACUCCGCCCUCCGCUCCUCCCGCCCGGCAGCCGCGGAGGUCGCCUCAGCCUCUCCCCCGCCGCCCGCGCCGCGCCAUGGAGAAGAGCUCGAGCUGCGAGAGUCUCGACUCCCAGCCGGCGGCGGCACGGCCGCCCAGCGUGGACUCCCUGUCCAGUUAAUGUGUUAAGAGCCAUUGACAUUUGAAGAUCAUCAGAAGUGAAGAUAAAACAUCUCAAAAAUUAUAAUUGCUUCCACUUCUCAUUCAGAGAAUUCAGUGCAUACAAAAUCCGCUUCUGCUGUGUCAUCAGAUUCCAUUUCAACUUCUGCAGACAACUUUUCUCCAGAUUUGAGGGUCCUGAGGGAGUCUAACAAAUUAGCAGAAAUGGAAGAACCACCCUUGCUUCCAGGAGAAAAUAUUAAAGACAUGGCCAAAGAUGUAACUUAUAUAUGUCCAUUCACUGGUGCUGUAAGAGGAACUCUCACUGUCACGAAUUACAGGCUAUAUUUCAAAAGCAUGGAACGGGAUCCUCCAUUUGUUUUAGAUGCCUCUCUUGGUGUGAUAAGUAGAGUAGAAAAAAUUGGUGGUGCUUCUAGUCGAGGUGAAAAUUCUUAUGGACUAGAAACUGUGUGCAAGGAUAUUCGAAAUUUACGAUUUGCUCAUAAACCUGAGGGGCGGACGAGAAGAUCCAUAUUUGAGAAUCUAAUGAAAUAUGCUUUUCCUGUGUCUAAUAAUCUGCCUCUUUUUGCUUUUGAAUACAAAGAAGUAUUUCCUGAAAAUGGGUGGAAACUAUAUGACCCUCUUUUAGAAUAUAGAAGACAGGGAAUUCCAAAUGAAAGCUGGAGAAUAACAAAGAUAAAUGAACGAUAUGACCUUUGUGAUACAUAUCCUGCCCUCUUGGUUGUGCCAGCAAAUAUUCCUGAUGAAGAAUUAAAGAGAGUAGCAUCCUUCAGAUCAAGGGGCCGUAUCCCAGUUUUAUCAUGGAUUCAUCCUGAGAGUCAAGCCACAAUCACUCGAUGUAGCCAGCCCAUGGUAGGAGUUAGUGGGAAGCGAAGCAAAGAAGAUGAAAAAUACCUUCAGGCCAUCAUGGACUCCAAUGCCCAAUCUCAUAAAAUCUUUAUAUUCGAUGCCCGGCCAAGUGUUAAUGCUGUUGCCAAUAAGGCAAAGGGUGGAGGUUAUGAAAGUGAAGAUGCCUAUCAAAAUGCAGAGCUAGUUUUUUUAGAUAUUCACAAUAUUCAUGUUAUGAGAGAAUCGUUGCGAAAACUUAAAGAGAUUGUGUACCCAAACAUCGAGGAGACCCACUGGUUGUCUAACUUGGAAUCGACUCACUGGCUAGAACAUAUUAAGCUUAUUCUUGCUGGAGCCCUUAGGAUUGCUGACAGAGUCGAGUCAGGAAAGACGUCUGUGGUGGUGCACUGCAGUGAUGGUUGGGACCGCACCGCUCAGCUGACGUCCCUCGCCAUGCUCAUGUUGGACGGCUACUAUCGAACCAUCCGAGGGUUUGAAGUGCUUGUGGAGAAAGAAUGGCUAAGCUUUGGACAUCGAUUUCAGCUUAGACUUGGCCAUGGAGAUAAGAAUCAUGCAGAUGCAGAGAGAUCACCAGUUUUUCUUCAGUUUAUUGACUGUGUCUGGCAAAUGACAAGACAGUUUCCUACAGCAUUUGAAUUCAAUGAGUAUUUUCUCAUUACCAUUUUGGAUCACCUAUACAGCUGUUUGUUUGGAACAUUCCUUUGUAACAGUGAACAGCAAAGAGGAAAAGAGAACCUUCCUAAAAGGACUGUGUCACUGUGGUCUUACAUAAAUAGCCAGCUGGAAGACUUCACUAAUCCUCUGUAUGGGAGCUACUCCAAUCAUGUCCUUUAUCCAGUAGCCAGCAUGCGCCACCUAGAGCUCUGGGUGGGAUAUUACGUCAGGUGGAAUCCAAGAAUGAAACCACAGGAGCCCAUUCACAACAGAUACAAAGAACUUCUUGCUAAACGGGCAGAGCUUCAGAAAAAAGUAGAGGAGCUACAGAGAGAAAUUUCCAACCGAUCGACCUCCUCCUCGGAGAGAGCCAGCUCUCCUGCACAGUGCGUCACGCCCGUCCAGACUGUGGUAUGAAUGGACUCUAGACGGGGCCAUCGUCACAGACUCCCGAUCACAAAUGGCAGCUCUGAGUAGAAAGUCUUCGGAAUUUAGAACCCAUCUAUGAGAUAAAUUCAUUUGCUCUAUUUAUUUCAGACCUGACUUUAAAACUGUAGCAGUGCAGGUGGCUUAAGUGGAGUAACCCAUAUAUAAUGACAUGGCUGUAACACUAAUCUUAUUAAAUCACCCAGAAAAUAUUCAAACGCUUCAAUCUUGGAUCCACAGUGGGAAUAAGUUUCUGGUUUUAAAAGGAAAAUGCUAUUUUAUAAUUUUGGUGUCUGAAUACAGACCAUUUAAAAAAUACACCGCUUCAAGGAAGAGAGCUCACUGCAGAGCCGGGAAGGAGCGUCCCGGUUCAAACCAACGCUAAUUCAUGGCAUCACACACACUUUAAUCUCAUGACAGAUCAAAUC